AUGCGCAACAUAAAAUUUGCAGCUCUAGCUGCGCUGUUCAUUUCCGGGUCGGCAUCUGCUGCUCCCCGCCAGCCCCUCAACGACAGACGGUAUGUCACUGCUGCACCCGCUAGAAAUAGCGAGGAAUGCGAGACGACUACCUAUACUAUCAUCACCCCAAAACCGGGUGCAAACCCGACUCCAGUCACCAAACAAUUCCAACCAGUUUACUCUUGUACCCCGGAAUACGUCGUCUGCGGCUCCAAGAACAAGGAGAAAUGCGAGACCAUAUACAAGACCUCCUCUUACCGCUGGGUUUCCACUGAAGUUCCAUGCUACAGUGGUGUCGUCACGAUCACUCGAGUGAACCAACCAGUUACUAUUGCCGCAUACCCAACCCACAAGACUGAGACCUGUUACUGUGAAAAAGCAGGUACCUGUUACUAUGGCGUUACUUCUACCGUUGUUGCCCAACCAACCCAAUUUCCAUAUGUUAACACCGGCUGGGAAUACAAAGUCUGCAACUACAAUGACUACUACAAAUGGUAUAAUGGAGAGUACAGCCCUGAAUUUUCCGGUAUGAAGACACUUGGUGGAAAUGAUGGCUAUGCGCCUUCUCCUCAAAAACCAGGUCCCCAAGGACCCCGCCCUUAUCUCAGCAGUGGCAAGACCGACUAUACUCCUGUCUAUACCCCGCAACAAUAUGGAAACCAAGGGCCCAAAUACAAUAGUGGCCAAGGCGGUUACUCGCACCCCGAAACCAAUGAUCGUCCGCAUUACUAUGGCUCCAAACAUCCUCAGAAGAAUGGUCAUCAUGGUAUUUAUAACACUGAGCACGGUUAUGUUUCCGGGCACCCUGCUAGCAAUAGCAAGUCCGAGAACCACGGGGAAUACAAGCUAGGGUAUAAGGGCAAUGGAAAGCCCGAGUAUCAUGGUGAAAGCAAACCUAGUUAUCACGGUAGCUACAAGCCUAUGUAUAACGGCGAGUACAAGCCUGGAUAUCAUGGCAAAGACAAGCCCGCGUACCAUAACGAGAAACCUGGCUAUCAAGGCGAGUACAAACCUGGUCACAACAGCGAAUACAAUUCUGGCUAUCAUGGAGAGUAUAAACCCAGUUACCACGGCGAGACUCGACAUGGGUACCAAGGCCAGUACAAGCCCGGAUACCAUGGAGGAAACAAACCAACCUACUAUGGUGAACACAAGCCCGGAUACCACGGUGAAAAUAAGCCUGUGUACCAUGGUGAAUACAAGCCUGAAUACCACGGGGAACGCAAACCUGCAUAUCAUGGAGAAUACAAGUCCGAUUAUCGGGGGAAUGGUAGCCACAAGAUGGGACAUUAUGGAGGCAAAGGCUAUGAAAGUUCUCGAGGCGGCCCCGAAUAUCACGGCAAACCCGAUACCUAUAAGGAACAUUCUGGAAACAAGGACUACUAUUCCAAGGACCGAGGGUAUAAGGGAAACCAUAGCAAAGGAAAGGGUCACAAAGGUUACUACGGCCAUGGUGGGAAAGAUAUUCCAGAUGGUAGCGUCGUCGGCGCUGGUUCAGGCGGAUCGUCAACUACAACGACAUCUAGCUCUGGGGGUGGAAAUGCCUCCACUGGACCUUCUUCCACAGGAUCAUCUAGCACUAAGAGUGGAAAUGCAUCCAUUGAACCUACCUUUACCGGAACUACAUCCGCUGGAACAUCAAGCACUGUGGGUGGAAACGCCUCCACAGGGCCUUCUUCCACAGAACCAUCUGCCUCCAACACCAGUGGUGAGCCAAGCGGCAGGGGUGGAACCAGCAUUGGAGGUGGACCGACAUCAGCCGGACCAGAUUUUACGGUAACAUGUUCUGUCGGGCCAGAUGCUGUAGAAACAUGUUCUACUCGACCAGAUUCUACGCAAACAUCCGGUCCGAAUCCUACAGAAAAAUGUGUUAUUGGGCCAGAUUCUGUAGAAACCUGCUCUAUUGAACCAAACUCUACAGAAACUUGUUCUAUUGGGCCAGAUGCUACAGAAACAUGUUCUAGUAGACCAAACCCCACGGAGACUUGCUCUAUCGGACCAGAUUCCAUAGAAACAUGCUCUACUGAACCAGAAUCCUGGGAAACAUAUACUACUCAGUUUUCUUCAACAGUGCCAUCAGCAGCUGCCCCAACAAUCUACGAGCCCUCGGAAACCGCCACAGAGCUUCCCAGUAACAACCAAGAGCCACCCCAAUUAUACGAAAUCGUUGAAGGGCUCAGCGCCGAAGGAACUUACAUGGACAUCGGAGACUUCGGUCCAUGUGCAAUCAAAUCCCUCACUACAGCGAAAGCACUCCAAGAAUGUAAACGAUCUGGUGGAAAGAUUCCAACAAACCUUAUUGGUUGUAUUACUGAUACUGGUAUUGCUGAUAUCGAUUGUAUUCUCUCGUGCAACAAGGACCUGGACUCUCUUACUCUCGCUCAGCGAUGUCUUAAGAAGAGCGGUACUAUAGAAGACCCUAUUAUUAGAUGUGCUCAGAUGGGCAUGUCCGGUGGAAGCCAGUUGCUAUACAAGGCAUGUGUCGCAUCUCAAGGAGGAAAACCAUGUAGCCGGCAAUUCCUCAAACGACAAGCCAUUGAGGAUGCUACCGCGUAUGCCACUGAGUGUGCUGCCGCCGGUCUUCUCUCCGGAACCGUAAAGAAGUGUGUUGAGACCGCUAGACUCGGACUCGAUACUGGAUCGGGUGUUAGAGCUAUACGUGGUGUUAAAAACAUCGUUGGAUAUAGCGGAACUGAGAGGCACGAUAGCCUCGACGACGUCGGUAGCAAUAUACAUCGCUGCUUCUCUUACCUGUUGGCUGGUUCAUUCUAG